CCGCUUUCUGCUGAUUGCUCGGCCCUUCCGUGACGUUACCACGUGGGCGCGUCUAACCAAGCCGGUAACGCGAGCUGAUUGGACGGCUUCGAUGGAAGACGGUAGAGGGGGCUGUGACGUCACGGAUAGAGUCGCUGAUUGGCGGGGGGACAAGAUGGCUGCGGCGCGAGGAGAUUGGUGUGUGCCAUGUCUUGCCUCCAAUGAAACCCUUCAAGAGAUAUGCCGCAAAGAAUCCCUGAUCUGUAAACGCAUUGGAAUAAAUAAAAAUAAUCUAAACAAUUAUGAAGUGGAGUAUCUCUGUGACCGUAAAAUGGCAAAGGGUAAAGAAUUAUUUCUUGUGAAGUGGAAAGGAUGGCCAGAGUCGUCUAAUACAUGGGAGCCCGCAGAAAACCUCAAGUGCCGGGCACUUUUAGAGCAGUUUUACAAUGACUUUUACUUAUAUUUAUCCAAACUUAAUACUGGUAAAUUAAGUAAGCUAAAAAUCCACAUUAAAUCUGUGGGCGAACCCGCUGCUGACUUUUUAGUGAAGAAAGCUAAACAACGAAUUGCACUCAAGCGUUGGGAGGAGGAACUGAACAGGAAAAAAUCUCAUAAUGGAAUGCUGUAUGUAGAAAACAAUGUAGACCUUGAAGGGACUCCCAGAGACUUCUUUUACAUUAAUGAUUACAAGACCACUCCUGGAGUUAUCACCUUGGGUGAAGCCAUUGUUGGCUGUGAAUGCACAGACUGCUUUACGGGUAAAUGUUGCCCUAUAGAGGCAGGCGUUGUCUUUGCUUACAAUGAGCAGCAACAAAUUAGGAUUCAACCUGGACGCCCUAUUUAUGAAUGCAACUCUAGAUGUAAAUGUGGUCCAGAUUGUCCAAACCGAGUGGUGCAGAAAGGACCGCCUUACUCUUUGUGCAUCUUUAGGACAGAAGAUGGACGUGGCUGGGGGGUUAAAACACUCCAGAAAAUCAAGAAGCACAGCUUUGUUAUGGAAUAUGUUGGUGAGGUAAUAACAAGUGAAGAGGCAGAAAGAAGGGGUCAGCAGUAUGACAGCACGGGAAUCACUUACCUGUUUGAUCUGGACUAUGAGUCAGAUGAGUUCACUGUGGAUGCCGCUCGAUAUGGAAAUGUCUCACACUUUGUAAAUCACAGUUGUGAUCCCAACCUUCAAGUGUAUAAUGUCUUCAUAGACAAUCUUGAUGUCCGUCUUCCUCGUAUUGCACUAUUUUCAACAAGACCUAUCAAAGCAGGAGAAGAGCUAACAUUUGAUUACCAAAUGAAAGGUUUUGGAGAUUUUAGUACAGAUUCUAUUGAGUUGAGUCCAGCUAAAAAAAGAAUUCGGACAAUGUGCAAAUGUGGCGCUUCAAGUUGCAGAGGAUUCCUUUAAUAUCAAUAUGUUCCAACAAAUGAUGUGCAUAUUUACUAUGUUGUGAUGAGAUUUAAUUUUAAUGAACGUGACUUUGUAUGAAAGAUACAGUUUUGUGGGCGUGUGUUAUGCUUAAUAAAUUUUAAUGCUUAUUUUUGAA